AUGGGAAAUAGCGCGAAACAGAAGAGCAGGAUCGGGCGGCGGCAAGUACUAUUUCCCUUCCUGCUGCCUUUGUUCUGCGGGGCGCUCUCAGAACCGAUCAGUUACUCUAUUCCGGAAGAGAUGGCCAGGGGAUCCGUGGUGGGGAACCUCGCUGAGGACCUGGGGCUGCAGGUACGGGAUUUACUGAUUCGCAACCUCAGAGUUAGUGCGGAGAAACAGUACUUUACCGUGAACACAGAGAAUGGGAACAUAAUCAUCAGUGACAGAAUAGAUCGGGAGUCGCUCUGUCCCAAAAAACCUCUUUGUGUCUUGCCCUUAGAGAUUGUCGUAGAGAAUCCCCUAAAUGUUUUUCACUUAAACGUGAUAAUAGAAGAUAUAAAUGACAAUCCACCACAUUUCUCCAAAGAUAGCAUUGUUUUACAAAUAAAUGAACUUGCAAUUCGAGGCUCUCGGUUUGGCCUGGAAUCCGCUGUAGAUGCAGAUAUAGGGCGCAACUCUCUCCAGAGUUACCAACUCAGCUCUAAUGAGCAUUUCUCUCUGACGGUGAAAGACAAGAAUAAAGGCAAGAAUGCCCCAGAAUUGGUGUUGGAUAAGCCCCUGGAUCGGGAACAGCAGAGCUCCCAUGUCCUGGUCCUAACAGCAGUUGAUGGGGGCGACCCUGUCCGAACUGGUACCACCAAAAUCCGGAUCGAGGUCACCGACGCCAAUGAUAAUGCCCCAGUGUUCAGCCAGGAUGAAUACAGAGUCAGUAUACGCGAGAAUGUACCCCCAGGCACGUCCGUGCUGAUGGUGACGGCCACUGACCAGGACGAGGGCAUCAAUGCUGAGAUUACCUACUCUUUUAAAACUCUAGAAGAUGAUGUUAGAAAUACGUUUACACUAGACCAUCAGAGUGGAGAAAUCAAAUCCAAAGAUCUUAUAGACUUCGAAGUCAGCAGCAGCUAUACCAUGAGCAUAGAAGCCAAGGACGGAGGAGGCAUGGCCACCGAAUGUAAGGUUAUACUAGACAUUCUAGACGAGAACGACAAUGCUCCAGGCGUAGCUUUCACCUCGAUAGCCAGUUCCAUUACUGAAGAUGCAGAGCCAGGGACGGUGAUAGCUCUGUUCAAAACACACGAUAGAGAUUCUGGGGAAAAUGGGGAGAUCACAUGCUUCAUAAAAGAAACCGUUCCUUUUAGAAUCGAAUCUUCCGCCAGUAAUUACUACAAGCUUGUAACAGAAGGGGCCCUGGACCGAGAGCAGACGCCAGAGUACAACAUCACCAUCACGGCCAUCGACAAAGGGAAACCGCCACUCUCCUCCAGUACAAGCGUCACCCUGCACAUCGCCGAUGUUAACGACAACGCUCCCGUUUUCCACCAGGCAGCUUACGUGGUCCAUGUGGCCGAAAACAACCCUCCUGGAGCCUCCAUUGCGCAAGUGAGUGCCUCAGAUUCGGACGUGGGGCCCAAUGGUCGUGUCUCCUACUCUAUCUUAGCCAGAGACCUGCAGCCGCGGGCGCUGUUGUCCUACGUGUCUGUGAGCGAGCAGAGCGGCGUGGUGUUCGCGCAGCGCGCCUUCGACCACGAGCAGCUGCGCGCCUUCGAGCUGACGCUGCAGGCGCGUGAUCAGGGCUCGCCCGCGCUCAGCGCCAACGUGAGCCUGCGGGUGCUGGUGGACGACCUCAACGACAACGCACCCAGGGUGCUGUACCCAGCGUUGGGACCUGAUGGCUCAGCGCUCUUCGACACAGUGCCACGAGCUGCACAGCCGGGCUAUUUGGUCACCAAGGUGGUGGCGGUGGACGCAGACUCUGGGCACAAUGCCUGGCUGUCCUACCACGUGCUUCAGGCCAGCGAGCCCGGGCUCUUCAGCCUGGGGCUGCGCACCGGCGAGGUGCGCACCGCUCGCGCCUUGGGCGACAGGGACGCAGCCCGCCAGCGUCUGCUGGUGGCUGUACUUGACGGAGGGCAACCACCCCUGUCGGCCACCGCCACGCUAUACCUAGUCUUCGCUGACAGCUUGCAGGAGGCGCUGCCAGACCUCAGCGACCACCCUGCGCCCUCUGACCCCCAGGCGGAGCUGCAGUUUUAUCUGGUGGUGGCCUUGGCCUUGAUCUCCGUGCUCUUCCUUCUCUCGGUGAUUCUGGCCAUUGCCCUCCGCCUGAGACGCUCCGCCACCACCGCCACCGGGGGCUGCUUUCAGCGUGGUCUCUGUUUUAAGACUGAACUCGAGGUUUCUCCCAACUACAGCGAGGGAACUUUGCCUUACUCCUACAACCUGUACGUAGCCUCCGAUUUGGGAAAAACUAGGUUUAAUCUUCUCACCUCGACGCCAGAAAUGGUUCCCCCACAAGACCUCUGUAAUGAAGCUUCUUUGGUAGUAAGUGUCACUAAGGAAUGGAGCUCUGGUGGUGCAUUGGUUAAGAUGUUCCUCUGGAAAGUGACAAUGAUUCCUGCGCAUCUGCACCGGGACUACAAAGGGCUGGUCCUGCUGACAGUCAUUCUGGGGAUCCUGUGGGAAACUGGAUGCACCCAGAUCCGCUAUUCAGUUCCCGAGGAGCUGGAAAAAGGCUCCAGUGUGGGUAAUAUCGUCAAAGACCUGGGGCUGGAGCCCCGAGAGCUGGCGGAGCGCGGAGUCCGCAUUGUCUCCAGAGGUAGGACGCAACUCUUCGCUCUGAACCCGCGAAGCGGCGGGUUGAUCACAACGGGCAGGGUAGACCGGGAGGAGCUCUGUCUGGGGGCCAUCAAGUGCCUGUUAAAUCUAGAGAUUCUCAUGGAAGAUAAGGUGAAAAUAUAUGGAGUGGAGAUAGAAGUGAGGGACGUUAAUGAUAACUCCCCCUACUUCCGGGAAGGUGAACUAGAAAUAAAAAUCAGUGAAAACGCAGCCACUGGCAUGCGGUUUCCGCUUCCCCACGCUUGGGAUCCGGAUGUCGGGAAGAACUCUCUCCAGAGCUACGAACUCAGCCCGAAUACUCACUUCUCUCUGGACGUGCAGAGCGGAGCAGAUGGAAACAAGUAUCCGGAGCUGGUGCUGGAGCGCGCCCUAGACCGCGAGGCAAAGGCGAUUCACCACCUGGUCCUCACGGCCUCGGACGGGGGGGACCCGGUCCGCAGCGGCACCGCCCACAUCCGCGUUGUGGUCCUUGACGUGAACGACAAUGCACCGGCCUUUGCGCAGUCGGAGUACCGCGUGAGCGUUCCGGAGAACGUGGCCGUGGGCACUCAGCUGCUUCUGGUAAACGCCACCGACCCCGACGAAGGAGCCAAUUCGGAAGUGACGUAUUCCUUCCGGUAUGUGGACGACAAAGGCGCCCAAGUUUUCAAACUAGAUUCUAAUUUAGGAAUAAUUUCAACAAUAGGAGAGCUCAAUCACGAGGAAUCACCGUUUUACGAGAUGGAAGUGCAGGCAAUGGAUAAUGCGGGAUAUUCCGCUCGAGCCAAAGUCCUGAUCACAGUUCUGGACGUGAAUGACAAUGCCCCUGAAGUAGCUGUCACCUCUCUCACCAGCUCUGUUCUUGAAGACUCUCCUAGAGGAACACUAAUUGCUCUUUUAAAUAUAAAUGACCAAGAUUCUGGAGAAAAUGGGCAGGUGAUCUGUUUCAUCGAAGGAAAUCUGCCCUUUAAACUAGAAAAGUCUUACGGAAAUUACUAUAGUUUAGUAACUGACACAGUCUUAGAUCGGGAACAGGUUCCUAGCUACAACAUCACGGUGACCGCCACUGACCGGGGAAGUCCACCGCUGUCCAUGGCAACUCACAUUUUACUGAACGUGGCAGACACCAAUGACAACCCGCCUGCCUUCCCUCAGGCCUCCUACUCCGUAUAUAUCCCAGAAAACAACCUCAUGGGUAUUUCCAUCUUCUCAGUGACGGCGCAGGACCCUGACUCUGACGAAAAUGCUCAAGUUACUUACUCCCUGGCCGAAAACAUCCUUCAGGGGGCGCCGCUGUCCUCCUUUGUUUCCAUCAAUCCGGACACUGGAGUCCUGUAUGCACUGCGAUCCUUCGACUAUGAGCAGUUUCGCGACCUGCAUCUGUGGGUGAACGCACGCGAUAGCGGGGACCCACCACUCAGCAGCAAUGUAUCAUUGAGCCUCUACGUGAUGGACCAGAACGACAACGUCCCCGAGAUCCUGUACCCGGCUCUCCCCACCGAUGGCUCCACCGGCGUGGAACUAGCACCUCGCUCUGCAGAGCCGGGCUACCUGGUGACCAAGGUGGUGGCGGUAGACCGUGAUUCAGGACAGAAUGCUUGGCUGUCCUACAACUUGUUUAAGGCCAGCGAGCCAGGGCUCUUCGCUGUGGGGGUGCACACUGGCGAAGUGCGCACGGCGCGGGCCCUGCUGGACAGAGACGCGCUGAAGCAGAGCCUGGUGGUGGUCGUCCAGGACCACGGCCAGCCGCCCCUCUCCGCCACCGUCACGCUCACCGUGGCCGUGGCCGACAGCAUCCCCGACGUCCUGGCUGACCUGAGCAGUCUCGAGUCUCCCACUAACCAGGACGAUUCAGGCCUCACGCUGUACCUGGUCGUUGCCUUGGCCGCUGUCUCCUGCGUCUUCCUUACUUUUGUUAUCGCGCUCCUGGUGCUCAGGCUAAGGCGUUGGCACACGUCGCGCCUGCUCCAAGCUUCUUCCGGAGGCGGGUUGGCCAGCGUGCCCCGCACGCAUUUUGUGGGCAUGGACGGGGUGCGGGCUUUCCUGCAGACCUACUCGCACGAGGUCUCCCUCACCGCGGACUCGCGGAAAAGCCACCUGAUCUUCCCACAGCCAAACUAUGCGGAUACGCUCAUCAGCCAGGAGAGCUGUGAGAAAAGUGAACCUCUUCUGCUGUCAGGUGAUUCGGUGUUUUCUAAAGACAAUCAUGAAUUAAUUCAGGAACUAGCCAAGGACUUUGUGGUGGGAAACUUCAUCAAGGAUCUCGAGCUCAGUGUCCAGGACUUAUGCCCUUGGAAGAUGCAGGUUAAUGCUGAAAAGGAGUACUUGGACCUGUGUGAGUAA